AAAGUUCCCCGUACGUGCGCCGUACGUGGGCGCGGUGCCCCAGCGCUCAGCGUUUCAGCGAGUGAGUGGGCUCCGUGCCCAGCUGAAGUCUGGGAGGGGCACUUUUCCAGGCGGUCGCGGCUCCCCCUGGCGGCGGAUGUGCCGCGCUGGAGGGGCGCAGUCAGGCGUUCUCCGCGGGCAGCCGGCGGCGGGGCCUUGCCUUACAGCGCGGGGUCCUCGGCGGCCUGGGUGGCUACUGCCCCUGCUGCUGUCGUAGGCGAGGACGGCUGUUAGUGCUGCUGCUGUUGGUUCGUCGCGGCGGCGAAGGAGGAGGAGGAAGAGGGCGAGGCGACAAGGGAAGAAGGAGGCAGGCGCGGCGGCAGCGGCGGCGCCCCGGGCCGGCGGAGGCGAGGGGGGGGAAGAUGGCGGACGUGCUUAGCGUCCUGCGACAGUACAACAUCCAGAAGAAGGAGAUUGUGGUGAAGGGAGACGAAGUGAUCUUCGGGGAGUUCUCCUGGCCCAAGAAUGUGAAGACCAACUAUGUAGUUUGGGGGACUGGAAAGGAAGGCCAACCCAGAGAGUACUACACAUUGGAUUCCAUUUUAUUUCUACUUAAUAAUGUGCACCUUUCUCAUCCUGUUUAUGUCCGACGUGCAGCUACUGAAAAUAUUCCUGUUGUUAGAAGACCUGAUCGAAAAGAUCUACUUGGAUAUCUCAAUGGUGAAGCGUCAACAUCGGCAAGUAUAGACAGAAGUGCUCCCUUAGAAAUAGGUCUUCAGCGAUCUACUCAAGUCAAACGAGCUGCAGAUGAAGUUUUAGCAGAAGCAAAGAAACCACGAAUUGAGGAUGAAGAGUGUGUGCGCCUUGAUAAAGAGAGAUUGGCUGCCCGUUUGGAGGGUCACAAAGAAGGGAUUGUACAGACUGAACAGAUUAGGUCUUUGUCUGAAGCUAUGUCAGUGGAAAAAAUUGCUGCAAUCAAAGCCAAAAUUAUGGCUAAGAAAAGAUCUACUAUCAAGACUGAUCUAGAUGAUGACAUAACUGCCCUUAAACAGAGAAGUUUUGUGGAUGCUGAGGUAGAUGUGACCCGAGAUAUUGUCAGCAGAGAGAGAGUAUGGAGGACACGAACAACUAUCUUACAAAGCACAGGAAAGAAUUUUUCCAAGAACAUUUUUGCAAUUCUUCAAUCUGUAAAAGCCAGAGAAGAAGGGCGUGCACCUGAACAGCGACCUGCCCCAAAUGCAGCACCUGUGGAUCCCACUUUGCGCACCAAACAGCCUAUCCCAGCUGCCUAUAACAGAUACGAUCAGGAAAGAUUCAAAGGAAAAGAAGAAACGGAAGGCUUCAAAAUUGACACUAUGGGAACCUACCAUGGUAUGACACUGAAAUCUGUAACGGAGGGUGCAUCUGCCCGGAAGACUCAGACUCCUGCAGCCCAGCCAGUACCAAGACCAGUUUCUCAAGCAAGACCUCCCCCAAAUCAGAAGAAAGGAUCUCGAACACCCAUUAUCAUAAUUCCUGCAGCUACCACCUCUUUAAUAACCAUGCUUAAUGCAAAAGACCUUCUGCAGGACCUGAAAUUUGUCCCAUCAGAUGAAAAGAAGAAACAGGGUUGUCAACGAGAAAAUGAAACUCUAAUACAAAGAAGAAAAGACCAGAUGCAACCAGGGGGCACUGCAAUUAGUGUUACAGUACCUUAUAGAGUAGUAGACCAGCCCCUUAAACUUAUGCCUCAAGACUGGGACCGCGUUGUAGCUGUUUUUGUGCAGGGUCCUGCAUGGCAGUUCAAAGGUUGGCCGUGGCUUUUGCCUGAUGGAUCACCAGUUGAUAUAUUUGCUAAAAUUAAAGCCUUCCAUCUGAAGUAUGAUGAAGUUCGUCUGGAUCCAAAUGUUCAGAAAUGGGAUGUAACAGUAUUAGAACUCAGCUAUCACAAACGUCAUUUGGAUAGACCAGUGUUCUUACGGUUUUGGGAAACAUUGGACAGGUACAUGGUAAAGCAUAAAUCCCACUUGAGAUUCUGAAUUAUUUGGCUCCUCCAUUUCUGGAAAUUGAGACUCAAGCUUUAUGAAUUUAUCAAGAACUUAAAAAUGAAGGUCACAGAUUGAUCUUUUAUAAGACCUUAUUUGAUGCUUUGUGCUUCAAGGAGAUGAUGCCUGUCAUCCAUAUAAGCAAACUUUUUGGCUUACAACUAUUUUUUUAAUAAUUAGCCUUCUAGUCUGUAAUGGAAAUUGUAUAUUUUGAUAGAAGUUUUUUCUCCAUUGGUUAAAUUAGCAUUACUUAAAAUUUGUUUCUUUAGAAAAUAAAUGCAGGUUAUAAAUGUGUGUAUAUUUAGAGAUUAUAAGGCUCUCUGAGCCAUCUUCUGAUUUUUCAUUGCUCUAUAAUUCUUUUUACUGAAAAUACUAUGUUAUGAAUGGUAUUAAAUUUUAGUCUCUGGAACAUCCAAAACCAAGCAAAGGGAUGUGACUAUUUUGAAUGAAUCAGAAUGUCAACUUGUAUGUACACUAUAUCUACACUUGCUCUUUAUUUAAAAAGAAUAAUGAAAAAUCAAGAUCAAUUCUUCAGUUUGAUUGAACUGUUCAGCCUUUUCAAGAUGUCUUUAUUUACAAAUGAUUACAUUUAAAUGAAUGUACAUUCUUCUCACUGACUUUGGUGAUUUUGAAACCUAGAAUGAUGUGUUUCUAUCUGUAAUAUCUUUCCAUUUGAAAAAAAUCUCAAAACAGAUUAAAACCACAAUAGGCUGUAGUAUUUUUUAUUUUGGGAGCCAGAGUAUGAUUUGGGGAAGAAUAUGUAUCAGCCCUAUUGCAGUAUAACUUUAAGCUCCUUUUCUCUUUAGUCCACUUUUGAUUCUAAUUUUUAUGGUAUAGGAUUUUGAAUCUUCUAUUUUAAGCUUGUCAGUCUUGGAGUUCUUAUCUUCCAUUAUCCCUAAAUAUUGAUAAACUCCCAGGCACCAAAGAAAACAUUUGCUUAAUUGUCUGAAAAGAAACAAGAGAAAAACACUGGUAUUUUUAUGUGUGUAUUCAAUAUGGUAUAAAAUAGAAAAAGUAUAUUUUAACUUAGUGAAAUAUUUUACUAUUUCUCUACUUUAGACAAAAUGUUGCAUCCAAGGUACAUCAAGUGACCAUUUGCCUUGAACCUUGAUUUCACUUUGUUUUUUUUUUCCUUAAAAGCAACUAGGAGGCUUUACUUUCCUAAACUGUUUUUGCCAUUGGAAUUUUUGCUGAUCACAGUCUUACAUGAUUUUUUUCUCCAUUUUUAUUCCCAGCAGUUUUCUCCUAGGUUAACAUAUUUUUGGUGAACAUUUAGGCCUUUCAUAGGUAUUAAGCUGACAUUAUCUAGCUUCUUAAUGAAAUUUAACACUGUCACAAAAAUGAGAAGAAAUUAUUUUUUAAUUAAUCACAUAGUUCAUACCACUAGUAACUAGAAAAGAUAUUUAUUCACAUGAUAUUUACAAGGCUUUUCAGAACAGUCAGCAUUUUAAAUUACUAGAUUUUAGCAUACUUACAAGGUUUGAACAGAUUCUACCCCUAUUUUCCUCCCUUCGUAGCAUCUUCUUUCCUUAAAGAUAAAAGAAAACUCAAAUUUGUUCACAUUAGGCUUUCUUAGCAUAUAAAUCUGUUUCCAAAAUAAAUUACAUGUUGUGUAAACUUUCUCCAUGAUGAAAUAGUCAAGGACCAGAAUCUGUGAUAUUUUUAUGUAAGAUUACUUGUCAAGACUACUACAAGUCAAUAUGAACUACCUUCCCAUAAAGAUUUUUGGUAUUUGUACUUGUUUAUGAACUUUACUUGAGACAGAACAUGGUUAAAAUUAGGAACAUCUACUUUGAACGAGGUUUAUUUUUCUAUUUUGAAUUUGCCUUAUGUAUAUUCAAAGGCUUAUGGAAAUACUGUAAAGGAACAUUAGGAAAAGGACAAAUAUGCUAUAACCAUCUAUCUUAAAAUCAGACCCUUAGUAUAAGCACCUCUUUUUCUCUUUGAUAAUUUAGUCUCUUAUUUAGGUCCAUGUAAUUAAUUUCAUUCCAUUAUUUUUUAGCUGUUUAUUCUAAAAAACAAAAAUUUUCAGCCAGUCCCUAUUUAUUCUCCCAUGACAUGGUCCUGUAUAGCAGUACUUAACACAGUGCCUUGCACAUAGUAGGCAUUCAGUAAAUACUUAUAUGCAUGAAUGAAUAAUGUAUUUUCAAUGUAACAAAUUUAUUAUAAAAGUGUAGUUUGACUCUUCUUGGUCUUGGAGUUUGAGAGUACAGAAUUACAGGGAAUGAAGAGAGGUAUAAGUAGAUAUUUUAGUGGAAAUGAAGUAUAAAUUAAUAACUUGACUUACCCCUCCGUAAGUUACUGCUAACUGGAGAUACCCUUGUAUGCCCAACCAUAAAGGAAUGUUCUAUUUAUAUACUUACAGGAAAUUCUUCUCAGUCAGGGAACAGUAAGAAAUACGUAGGUUUCAAUCAGUUGCUCUCAACCCUGACUGCAUUUUAGAAUCAUUUGGAGAGUUUUUAAAAAUAUCCAUGCCUGAAUCUUGAUUCCCAUUUUCAUGUAAUUUGAGACAAGACCUGGUCAUUAGUAUUUUUUUUUUAAAGUUCUCCAGGUAAUUUGAAUGUGCAGGAAGGAUUCAGAAUCACUGGUUUAAUUUGUUAUUGAAAACAAUACCAGUAUUAAAUGUGUUUCCUCUUCCUUC